AUGAUCGCCAAGUACGGAAUCCCUGACGAAGUAAUCAGUGACAAUGGGCCACAGUUUGGAAGCGCAGAGUUUAGAGAGUUUGGGAGAGAAUACGGAUUCACACAUACUACAUCAAGUCCAUAUCACGCGCAGUCUAACGGCCUGGCAGAACGUAUGGUUCAAACGGUAAAAAGACUGUUAUUAAAGGCAAAGGACCCCUUUUUAGCCUUACUGGAAUACAGAAACACUAGAAUUGAUGGUGUAGAAAUCUCUCCAGCACAGAUGUUCUUAGGACGUCGUCUGAAGUCACCAUUACCAACUACAGCUCCACUGUUAACACCUAAUAUGAACAACACUGGUACCUAUGCCAGUCUGAAGUUACGCCAAGCAAGGCAGCAGGAGAACUUCAAUAAACAUGCUCAGCAUAAGCCCCUCAAGGAGCUAGAUCCAGGGGACAGGGUUAUGUUAAAACACCCUGUGAAAGGAAGCUGGGAACCUGGGACAGUUGUGAAACGCCAUGGUACUCCACGUUCAUAUGUAGUAUUUACUACAGUAUGA